CACGAGAAAACCAGUAGACAGCAAGAUAUUGUAUUAUCGGAACAAAUAGUUGAAGAAGCAUCAAAAGAAAGAAUGCAUUUGACAUUGAUAAAUUGGAGUGAGUCGAGUCAUCGUGCCCUUAAUGUGAAUAAGCACAUUAGAAAUAGUGAUGAGAAGACUGAGGUAGCCAUUAAUUUCAAAUUAACUGAAGAACUGAGCAGUGCAGAUGACGGAGUUGUAGUGGUCGUCUGCACGGACGUCGUGGUUUUCUUCGGGGAUAUUUGUGCGAUCAAACGCGAAUGUGCGGUCUCAAUACCAGGAUCUGUACCAACAAACAAUUGA